CUAAAUCCAGCCUUAAAUCCUUCCCCCUCAUCUUCUUCUUCACUCUCUCCCUCUCUCUCUCGCUCUCUCUGUCUCUUUCUCUCUCUCGCGCCAUGAAACGCAGUGAAAAGUACUGAAACGGUCAAGAUAUUUCUGUAGAAGUGGUUUUGGAAAGUUGUUUUGUUUCCGAAAAUGGUUUCGCUGGAGGAUUCACAUUCCAAUUCGAAUCGGUUUCCUUUAACCCGAAAUUUAUGUGCUCCGUCGUCGGCGAAAAUGCACCGGCAUAUCGGCAGGUCGAUGCGUACGAUACGAUCGAACUUCUACCGAGAAGAUUCCUGCUCGUUCACCAGUUCGGUUCCGGAUAAAUCAGGAUGCAUGUCGGAGAAUCUGACGGAUUCCGUCAUCGACAUGAGGCUCGGCGAACUUGCCUCUAAAAUCAACAAGUCUACCAAGUCCUCCUCCACGGAAGAAGAAUUUCUGGACAUUUCGCAGGCGUUCAGUGAUUUUUCGGUUUGCAGCAGCGAUAUCUCGGGCGAAUUGCAGAGGCUCGCCUGCCUGCCGUCGCCCGAUGUUGCACCGAGAAAUGAGAAUGGAGCUGGAAAUAAUGAAGCCGAGCCGGAGCCAGAGCCGUGUCUCGGGUUCCUGCAGAGGGAGAAUUUCUCCACCGAGAUAAUCGAGAGUAUCUCGCCAGAGGAUCUCCAGCCGACAGUGAAGAUUUGUAUCGACGGUCUUCAAUCGUCGUCGGUUGCCGUGAAGCGAUCGGCUGCGGCGAAGCUACGGCUCCUCGCAAAGAACAGGUCCGACAAUCGCGAGCUGAUCGGAGAAUCAGGCGCGAUUCCGGCGUUGAUCCCGCUCCUGCGAUGCAGCGACCCGUGGACACAAGAGCACGCGGUAACGGCUCUGUUGAAUCUCUCGCUACACGAGCAGAACAAAACGCUUAUCACGAACGCCGGGGCUAUCAAAUCUCUUGUCUACGUUCUCAAGACGGGCACGGAGAUCUCGAAGCAAAACGCCGCGUGCGCGCUGCUGAGCCUUUCUCUGCUGGAGGAGAACAAGAGCUCAAUCGGAGCUUGCGGGGCAAUACCGCCACUAGUGUCGCUACUGAUGAACGGAUCUUGCAGAGGGAAGAAGGACGCAUUGACAACUCUUUACAAGCUUUGUUCGUUGAAGCAGAACAAGGAGCGCGCCGUGACUGCCGGUGCUGUGAAGCCGCUGGUGGGGCUGGUGGCAGAGCAGGGGACGGGCAUGGCGGAGAAGGCGAUGGUGGUGCUAAGCAGCUUGGCGGCUAUUGAGGAAGGCAGGGAGGCCAUCGUGGAAGAAGGCGGGAUCCCCGCCCUUGUCGAGGCCAUAGAGGACGGCUCCGUUAAGGGGAAAGAGUUCGCUGUCUUGACGCUUUUGCAUCUGUGUGCUGAUAACAUUAGAAAUCGUGGUUUGCUCGUCAGGGAAGGCGGGAUUCCUCCCUUGGUCGCUCUUUCACAGACUGGCAGCGUCAGUGUUCGAGCUAAGAAUAAGGCAGAAACGCUGCUCGGAUAUCUAAGAGAACCGAGGCAAGAGGCAUCUUCGUCAAGUCCUUGAGAGAAAGUAGAUUAAUCGUUCUAGUAGAGGUAAUUAUGGUGUUCUCUUGAUGUAUAUAGUGCGUGUUUCGGUGGUUUGUACAGUGUGGUGCAGUAAUGAGAGUAGUGGAGGAGGCUAAUACCAAGCAAGAGACUGACAUCUAGAUGUAUGAUUUUAAUUAGGUUUCGGGGUUCUUUUUCCUUUUCCCUGGUAGUAUUUUGUGUCUCUGGGGAUGGCGCAGUAAAUGUUUGGCUUGUGGAUUUUUAGUCUUUUUUCUAUUAUGAGAUCUGGGUUAUUUUUCUUAUUGUUUUUCUUUGGGUAACCCAAAUCUACUAAAUUAGGUUUAGUGAUUAUCUGGUUUUUUCAGCUAGAAAAGGUUGAGAGUAUGCUGAUGCUUGGAACUUAUCUAAGCAUGCUAUUUUUUUUUUUUGGUUGCUCUGCUUCUUGUAGCUUGAGCUGUGUAUGAUGGAAGUCUAAUUUGCAUAAUGGUUUUGUUAGUAAAGCUGGACCUAAUUAUGUGGAGACCAAA